AUGAUUCACCAGAUGGCACCAUGGGUGCCAACUUUUAUACAGUCUACAAAAAACACUACACAGCCGUUUUUACCGUUCCAAUUGGCUACGAUCGACAAGAAGACCAAUACGCCUCGGUGUAGGACAGUUGUAUUUCGCGAUUUUUUGUUCAAGGAUAAGAGGUCCAAUGUGCUGACUUUUCACACGGAUAUACGGAGUGGUAAGAUGGAAGAAUCGUUCUCAGGUGACUUGAAUAGCUCUGCACCUGUCGAGGCAUGUUUCUAUUUCCCAGAGACAAUGGAACAAUACCGUUUUAGCGGCGAAUGCUUCAUAGUAUGUGAGAAACAUCUUAAUGUCCCCCCAGAACUUUCACGUAAGUAUGGUAUACUGUCUCCAAGCGUCUGUGGCCAUCACAAGCAAGAAUUGUACGAAUAUGAAGCUGAGCUUGACGAAGAAAAAGCCUCCCGCGAGGACGGUAAACAGGAAGAUAACGGUAAGCCACAGCCAAAUGAACCCCAACCAUCAGUAGACACAAGUGCAGACGCAUUAUUGGAACCAACUGAUUUCCAACCACCAACGAUCAAAGAAUGGAAUAUGGAGGUCAGGAGACAAUGGUAUUCGAACUCCAGGAGCUCCCGUUCCCAGUACCGCAAACCAGAACCAGGUAAACCAAUCACUUCUGAGACCAGCAAGCAACUCGACAAAAUUCAGCGUGGAGUUGACGGUGCAAACGAAAACGCAGGCCUUGAUAACUUCGCUGUCGUUUGUCUAUGUAUUCAGCAAGUCGACUACUUGAACCUAAAGGGAGCCGGAGGAGGCGAGAGAGCUAUCUUCUCAAGAGUCACCGACAAUCACAACACCAGCCUCGAGUGCUGGGAUGAAGAGCAUGUUUGUCCAUGA